AUGGAGCAGCACAACAGGGAUUCUGCCAACCAUUCGGAGCAAAGCAGCAAUAGACCCGGCGAAAACCACGGAAAUCGAAACGAUGUCCCCCUAGACAGACUCGCAGAGGAUCCUGAAUACUACAAAAACUUCCUCGAACAGCUUUUAGAUUUGGUUCGCAACAAUAACCAGGCGGACAUAGCCCGCAUGGUGUCUGUCAUCCGUUCCGGCGCCUCCCAUGAGGAAAUUCUUGCCGCUAUAUCUGUAGUACAAGGCGAAAGUAACCACGCUGGCCAAAACGGACACGCAGAAGCCUAUGAUCAGAAUAAGGAGGGCAACAGGUGA